UAUGCUCUCGCCUGUUAUAAAGUUCAUGGAUAAGCAGGCAGGCAGGGAUUCUCACUGACUGAUGUCUAAGAUAAGCAAAUUAUGCAUUAAUUUCAAACCUUAGGAAGCCCAAGGUUGUGUACCAACUACCUGAAUCUAGAAAAGUGAAACGCAACAAACUUCCUGCCAAUUCACAAGUUGCAGAUGCUUUAGAUUUGGUAUUUGGGAUCUACCUGAAUUUGACUGUGUCUACACUAUCAUUUCCAUUUACUUUAUAGUUAAGUACAGUCAUUUUCAUUUGUAACAGCUACAUAUGACAGGCAAGGAAACACUUAAAACCACAAGCGAUCUUGGAGCAUGUGUGUAAAAGAUGACAUGAGACUGCUUUUGUCUUCUGAGCUCAUUCCUAAUUUCUGUGUCCGAAAUAUAUCAGCCACCAUAUAUAAAUCUUUUAACAGAACCCAGAUUUCAUGAAUUUGUGGCUUGCCUGAACUUACUUUUUUAAAAUCCUGGAUGUACUGCAGAUGAAAAUGAUCUCUAUUACUUUAGAAAUUGCACUUUACAAAAUAAAAAAGAUGAACAUUUUUCAGAUUAAUUUCAGAACAUUCUAAAUCCCAGGAAUGUUUAUUGAUGUAAACCCACAUAGAUUAAGCAAUUUAGAGAUUUGGGGCAAACAGGCACCACUUUGCAGUAGGUUUGGAAAAGAGAAAGCAUUUCAGCACAUGUUCCGCCACAAAGCAUUUGGCAGUCUAAGUUAGAGCUUCAGAUUUCCUUCUGAAAGGGACAAGAGACUUCCUGUCAUUCCUCUGGGUUUCUGCAUGUGACACCGAUGUGCACAAUGCAAAGUGUAAACAGAUGUAAAUGGUGAGGGAGGGAGCCCGGCCAGUGUGUGGUUCUACACACUCUCCACACCCUGCUCUGGGCGCAGUCCGCCUCCCCUCGGAGUCGGCGGCGGACAUUUCCACCCAAGUCACAGGACGCUUGACUGGUUUAUUUCACCAAUAUUUACUUAUGGAAAUCAAGGGGCGUGGCCGGGGCGGGAGGAGGGGUCUGGGGCCGAGGGGCUCCGACCGCAAAACAGCACCAGUAACCUUAUCUGCAGGGAUCAUUAACCUUUCUGGAAAACGCAGCUGGCUGUGCUCUGAGGUUUGUCCUCAGAAUGUGAGGAGCGCCACACAGAUACCGCAGAGACUGUUCAAAGACUGUUGGGUUUACCUUGCGCGCUUUUGCUCCACCGUAGUGUGGCAGAAAAAUGAGAUUGCAACAAUUCUUUUUUCUGUUUCUUGUUUUUAUGAUGAGUCUUCUACUUACCCCCGGACAGAGACCAGCUAAUUUGGCAAUGAGAAGAAAAUUGCACAGGUACAACUGCCUUCAGAGGAGAUGUAUGCCUCUGCAUUCACGAGUGCCCUUCCCCUGAGGUACUUUUGAUGGAAAGAGUUUUACUACAUUUAGGCAAUGUUCCAGAUUACAUAUACCUGAGAAUGCUUAAAUGGCUUUAGAGUGAUGUCAGUUUAAGGAAUGCAUACUAAUGGUUUGCAUACUAACAGUGAAAUGAAAUGAUGUUUGGGAAUGGCUUUAAUCAUUUAAUGGGAUGGAGGAGGAAAAUGUAGGAAAAUCUUGAUAAUUGUUGAACCUGAGUGAUAGUUACGUGGGGAUUAAUACCAUUGUGUGUGUUUGAAAAUUUUCAUAAUUAAAAAAAUCAGGCACGAGGAGAAUGUAAUUAAUUAUAAAGGUAUCUUGAAACACGUGUUUUGAAAAUCCCUGACUAGCUCCCUAUGCUGUCCAGAAUAAGCACGUUUCCCAUUCACACCACUCUAUGCUUGAAAGCAUUCGCACACGUUUGCCCAACACCACCAAGUGGAUGAUGUGUUAGCCUCAACACUUAGUAAUUUAUUCUUCCUGAAAAUAUUUCUUUUCAUAUAUAAAAUCAACUUAAUAUUAAUGACAUGGCAGCUUUCCAGCUUCACUAAUAGAGUUGGUCAUGAUGGUUGCAUCUUUAAGGAUAAAUUCUGAAUAGAAUUUUGUUCCUGAUUUUACACUACCGCCAUCACCAGUAAUACUGCUUGAAUCAGUUAACAUCAAACACCGCCCAAGUUUGUUACUUCACACUAAAAAAUAAGAAGCUUGACAUUCCAUUGUAAUUAUUUUAAGCUCUUUAAUUCACAUGAAAUAUAGCUUCCUUUAAAAAAGUCAUAGAAAUAUCCCUCAGCUGGUUAACAUAACACAGGCAGUUGCUCAAUUAGCCUAUUCAUUUGGCCUGUGGACUGGAGCAUUUAUGGCACUAUGCAUCCAGGGAAAAGAAUGAUUGCUCUGCCUGGUGUUUAAUACACGCUUUUCAAACCAGUGAAGACCCUGUAGUGGGAUAUUAAAUAAAGGAAGAGCAGUUCAGUAACAAGCAUUUACCAAGAGGACUGAGACAAAAACCCAAGUUCUCUACGCCUGCAUCUGUAACAAAUUACUCUUUGCUAUCAAAAUAUGAAAAAGAAAUUUGGUGGAGAAAUCCAGAAAGAUACAAGAGGAAGUUCUCGAGAAGCCAAUUAAUGGGGACUAAAACAUGCUUUAAAAGUGUCUUAUAUGUUAAAAAAUCCUUUGGUGUAUGUUGAUAAUGAAUUUCAGUCUCUCAUAUAAAUAACGGUAAAAUCUGUGCUUAGGAGGAGUGGAGAAGUUCAUGAUUUUUCCAGCACUCCUCCACAGAUAACAAAGAGGCAUUUCACAGUAGCAAGGGAAUUCCUGCAUAUGCAGGAAAGGAUGCCUCACAAAUGCAGACAAAAGCCCUUAGUCAGCCACAGGUUAUAUUGGCUUUCUCCCCCAAACACCUGCCAUAAAAACUAGGGCUGUAAGUAAACAAGAUAGAGUAGUGAAAUUUGAAUUGUCAAAGUUAAGGAAAAUUUUGACCUAUAAAGCAAAUUUGUAAACCAAAGGGAAACGUAAGUCGAAGCCAUAUAAACUAUUUAAUAAUAGCAAUCCUUUACAAAAGUUGGGUAAUCCUUUUAAAGAACUGCUCAGGUUACAGCAUCCAUUUUCUCAGUGUUUAGACUAGUCCUACAUUCCAGCUACAGUUCUUUGAAGAAUGUGUAAAAGUCACAUUUUGGAAUCCAGCAUUAGUAUAAGAGCCACUGAAAGAAAAACGUUCAUUUCCCCACAGGGAACUAUAUUUAAUAUCCAGUGAUCAACCAUCUAGAAAAGAACAUGAAAAAAAAUAUAUGUAUAAUGGAAUCACUUUGCUGUACAGCAGAAAUUAAAACAUUAUAAAUCAACUAUACUUCAAUAAAAUUCUCUUAAAAAUUAAAAAAAAAAGAUAAUUUCCCAAGAGCUUGGUCAACCAGUGCUCUAAGUGCUAUAUUCAAGUUUGAUAGCAUGAUUCUCACUGCCCUAAAUACUUGCAUCUUUUUUAUAUGUCUUGCAACAAAGGUACUUUGACUACUAGAUAAAAGCACUAUAGACAUAAGUAGUGGAACUCUGAGGCUGAAUCUCUCUUCAUUUGUCCCCCUCUGUUUUCUACGUGCUUUAGAUAAAAUCACAUGUCUUGACUUCAUUCAGUUAGGGUCAAGGAAGACUGUAAAGGGAUAGGUAAGGUAAACAUUUGACUUUGAAGUUUUACAGAUUAACCUUUUAGAGUGGUUUAGACUUUCAGCUCACUUGAUGGGAAAGCCCGAUUACAUUUACUCCGUCAAUUUUUCCUUCUCACAG